CGUCAUGUAAGCUAACUGUUUAGCUGAACGACUACAAGUAAAAUAACGCCUGUGUAAAUGCCUCCCAAAAGAAAGGGUCCUUUACAACUUGUGCAAAGAGAGACGGACGAUAUCAAAAGACAGGUGGACAGUCUGCUGAAGGAUGUACAGAGUAGUAAAGGGAUCAUACGCACAGAUGAGAUAUGCCAGAGGUGCCAGGACGUGCAGACUUCUGUUCAGAAAGCAAUGGGAACACUUCAGAAGCUGACCAAGGCUGAUGAGCCAGCUCCAGUGGGUAACUAUGACCAGAGAAAACAGGAAGAGGAGAGACGUCUGCAGGGCCUCAUGGAGAAACUGAACAUCCUUUCUCUGGAGCUUUCACCACCAGGACCAAGUAGUGCAGCAGGGGAAAGUAAGAAAGAGGAAGAGAGUGAGGAUGAGGAUGAUGAAGAUGACGACAGCGUUGAUGAAGACGAUAAAAAAAGCUUGAAGCCAUCUUCUCAGUCAGACCCUCGCAUCUACACAAUCCUCAGUGACUUCAGGGGAGAACAAGAAGGAGAUCUCUCUGUCAAGAAGGGGGAGGUACUGAGGAUUAUCCAGAAGACGGCAGAUGGAUGGUGGCUGGUGCAAGACACUAAAGGCAACAGAGGAGUGGUCCCCAAAACAUACCUGAAGGCUGGUUCCAGAUUGGAGGGUAAAGACGAUAGUGGUGACGAUGACAAAAAGGACAGUGAUGAAGAUGACGAUGAGGAAGAGGAGUCGGAGGAUGAUGAGGAAGAGGAGGAUGAAGGACUGACAGGGGCUCAGGAGAAACAGAGGUCCUCUCAUUCCAACUGGUCAAUUGUCAGAAAGGCUCUCACAGAGAUGGAUGCAACUGAUGUGCUUUCUGCGAUGGGGGCUAUCCCUUCAGGAUUCAGACCAUCAACUCUCAAUAAACUCCUGAUGGAAGAAGGGCUGACCUUCAAAGGAAGUCACUACAUUCAGCCUGAGCUCAGCCAAUCACAACUGUCCUUCAAAGACCUCUUCCUGGAUCCAGACACUGGCAGGGUGCGUGCUCGGCAGGUUAGGACUAGUGUGUGUUUCACUCUGUGGAGCUGCAGAAUGAUUUCUACUCCCGGGGUCGGUGUUCAGGUUCUAAGCAGACACAUCCGCCUCUGUGCUUUUGACGGAACCAAGGUACUAAGUAACAUCCACACAGUCAGAGCAACCUACAAUGCCAGGAACCCCAAGACCUGGAACUUUUCUCCCAGGAUGACAGGUAUUCUGCCUAUCCUACUAGAUGGAGAAUGUUUCCUGCGCUACAGUUCAGACUCUGCUGACCUUGGCAUUCUUUUUGAACUGGGAGUUACCUUCAUACGCAACUCUACAGGAGAGAGAGGAGACCUGAGUUGUGGCUGGGCCUUUCUCAAACUCACUGAUGACGAUGGGGCUCCACUCACUGCUAAAACCUAUGAACUUCCUGUGAAUAGCGGUACUCCCUUUGAGAAAGACAUAGCAAUGGAAGUCUCAGCCACAAAAGCAGGUGGAGUUUUCCAUCAGAUUCUUAAGGCCAGGAGACAGCCCAAGCUUAUCAUUAAGCUGAAAUCAGCCAACAGUCGAACCAGAACCCAGCUCAGUCUCCUCCCAGAUACUUUGCUGUUCUGUUUGAGUUGUGUUCACCUUCUGGCGCUGCACAGACAACUGCUGGCGGACACUCUGCUGAUGGACAGACCUACCAUGCAGAACACAGAUCUGAUGUGCAGUCCAGUGCUGUCUACUUUCCCUAUGCUGUUAGACCAGCCAGACCUAAUGGAUGCUCUCAGGACUGUCUGGCUGAAUGCUGAGAACAACAUGAGCAGAGUACAGAAGAAAGACCUACCUUAUCUGAAACAGCAAUUCAUCAGUGUGUACAUGUCCUCUGUCUACUACCUCCUGCACUCCCCGGCAUUGCCAUGCCACCGCUGGGCAGACCCACCUUCUGAAGAGCAGCGGGCAAGGGUCAUCUAUGCCACAGUGGAAUCUCUUAGACACACCCAGCAGACCACCGGCCAGUCUGGAAGCCUGCAGGUCUUUGUCGACCCCACGCUUCAGCACCAGGCCUUUGAUGUUGAGGAAUUGACCUAUGACCUUCUGCGUGUGGUGCGAUAGAAACAAGAUCGGAGUUUUAACAGCAAAUAACAUAAUUUCAGUCACUGGAUAAUGACUAGUGCACCUCAGCUGUCACUAAUCACCAACCCCAUCAGGGUUGUUUCUGAUGGGACAUAGCCACACCAGGCUCUCUGUCACCGGAUGACAAACAAACCACACCCCACUGCCACAAUAAGUCAAACUUUUGUCAUUUAUUAUUACUUGAUUUGCCUCCACCAAGGAUACCUUUAAAAUUUUGGAGAAAAAAAAAUCUUCAAAAUGAAAGCCUGGCUAAUCUUUUGAAAAAUGAGAUCUGUUAACAUAGCAAAACAUUUCCAGAACCUUCUUUGAAUUAAUAUGAUCAACAAAAGCUAUUAGCUGUUGCUUCCUUGUAAAGAAGAAUCCACAUUUUAUAACAUUUCACAUUAAAAGCCACACCGGUGCUGCUGGUGGCAGUGACAAGCAUUUUACUUCAAAUGGCUAGAACUCACAUACACACACACACACACACACCGACACACAUUGAAACAAGUAGAGGACUGAAUAUGUAGUAUAUAAUAUGUGUAUGACUGAGUGACAAACUGUCAUCGUUUUGAAUAUAAAAAUAAUAUAAAGACACGUUUUGCAGUUCAUAGUGACCUUAUCGGCAGAUUCCAUUCUGUUAUUUAUUGCCAAAUGUUUUUAGCAGAAUUUUUCAAUAAAUUGGUUUUAUA